UCCGCCAUGGCGACCGUGCUGUCCAGAGCGCUCAAGCUCCCGGGGAAGAAGAGCCCAGACUUAGGGGAGUAUGAUCCCCUCACCCAGGCUGACAGUGACGAAAGCGAAGAUGAUCUUGUGCUUAACUUGCAGCAGAAGAAUGGAGGUGUCAAAAAUGGGAAGAGUCCUCUGGGAGAAGCACCAGAGCCUGACUCAGAUGUGGAGGUUGCAGGGGCUGCCAAGCCACAUCUUUCAGAAGUCACUGCAGAUGGGUACCCCUCGGAAUCCCUGGGGGGCCUGGAGCAGAAGGCACCCUCUUCCCUCGUGUCAUAUGUGCGCACAUCUGUCUUUCUGCUGACUUUGGUGAUCUCAAUGAUCCUGGUGCUUCUGUGUGCUUUCCUGAUCCCCUGUCCCCCCAGAGAUCUGCACAGUACUUGGAGACGCCAUGUGGGCUCCCAGGGAGGUGGGGCCUUGUCUCCGCUGGAACUGGCUGAUGUGAAUGGAGACGGCCUGCGUGAUGUGCUUCUCUCCUUUGUGAUGUCAAGGAACGUGAGUGCAGUGGGUAUCUCAAGAUCGGCAGCUCACAUCGCAUGCCUUUCGGGGAUGAAUGGCAGCACACUGUGGUCUAGUCCCCUCCCUGAGGAGGCCCGAGAUAUCACGUGUUUGGAUCUGAUACCAGGAAGCUUGGGUGAAACUGUCUGCCUUGUGACAGGGACACACAAGAUGCUCAGUGCUUUCAAUGCAACCUCAGGGAGAGUCAUUUGGACUUUAAACCCGAGCUGCUUGUCCAACGGCACCUUGGCUGCCCCAGUCGUGGUGCUGCCAGACUUGGACGAAGAUGGCAUCCGAGACCUUGUGGUUCUGGCCAUUGGGGAACAGCAGCCAGAUCUGUGCUUCCUGCUGGUGUCUGGCCGGACGGGGAGUCCAGUGGGCCGGCCUGUGAAGUACAACGUCGUGGGAGUGGGGAAUCUGAUCGGUCCUCAGGUUUAUGUCACCACCAGUGGGGCUGUCUACAUCCUGUUUGGCUUUGGAAAUAUACAAGCGGUCGCCCUGCGGGACAUUUUUGUUCAGGCCCAAAAUCGAGACAGCUCACCACCUUCUCUGCAGAUAGAAGAGCCAGCGUGGGAGAAGCGAAGAUCUGUCAACCUGUCUGAGCUCAUUGACGUUUACAGUGACGGUGUUGAGCUACUCCAGAUGGUGAAGGCACCAGAUUCCAACUGCAGCAACCUCCUGAUUACAACCACACAAAGCCUGGUCCUGCUGCGUGGGCAGAAUCUUACACCUCAUUGGACGCUGAGCCUUCAGGGCCUGCACAGCCAGCCUACUCCUGGGUAUUUCACUGAUGACCAGACGUUAGACUUCCUUCUGCAGAUACAGGAUGGAGUUGGGGUGAAGAAGAUGAUGAUGGUAGAUGGUGACUCUGGUUCCGUCACUUGGAGCUACAGUGCUCCAUGUCACAUGAAGGAAACGCCAACCACCUCAGCUGUUACUGCAGACCAGAAGUCUGUCUUCCUCUUCUGGGCUGAAGGGCUCCCAGCUGCGUCUCCCAGUUCCGACAUCAGCCAGGGAACCGAGCCGCCCAGCCUUCACCACCUUUACCUCCUGCACCCGGCGUUCCCCUCCAUUCUCCUGGAUCUGGCCAACACCACGGGCACUGUGACGGCUUCCAAGGUUGGAAUUAACGACCUCUGGAAAGAUGCCUUUUAUGUUACCAGGACAAUAGGGCCCAGCUCCGAAGGCCACCCAGCACCCCUGGUGGUCAGCAAACUUAGUCUACGGUGGGCACUGAUGGAGGGCCAGAUGGUCCAGCUGAAAGAGACUGACCCUAAAAUUGGCCACGGGGAACUGCGAAGGUUCCUCUCUAGGAUGAAGUUUGUUGAUUCUUCCUACCAGAUCUAGUCGGGUGGAAUCUUCUGUUUCAUAAAAAGUGAACCAAAUGGAUACCUUCUCUCUCUUGUGAGUGUAAAAUCAGUUCUUUGGAGAGAGGGAAGACUUCUGCAGCCUCAUUUCACCAUCUCCGCACGAUUGUCACCAACUGCUUUGGAAGGCAUGCUGGAGUUGAAAGCAGCACGAUCCAUUCGGCUGGGGAAUCUCACCUACCUUGUCAAUUCUUGCAUUAACCCUCUCUAGGAACUCUGUGAGGAUACUUUGGAAUUAAGUGCGUUAUUUUUUUUUUUUUUGGUAUGUCUAAUUUAUAAACUCCUGCUGGGGAAUCCAGUGAAGUCUAUGACGAGGAAAAUUUUUGUUUGCAUUAUGCCACGUGUGUGCGUUUUUUAUUGUUGUCGGAAAGUUAUUUUCCAGGUGUGUCCUAAGCUUCAGGGAUCCAGUGUCUUGUCCUUCUGAAAUACAAGUGUACUUCACAAAGUUCAUGGAAAAAUAGAAUUAAAAGAUAAUAUGAAUCUUUCCAUGAACUUUUUGAAGACCCCAUGUAAAUCUCGUUUGGUCAUCUUGAGACCUCCAGAUGGCCUCCCUGUGACUCUGAGAGCCACCGUCAUCUCUCCCUACGGGUGUGUAUCUUGGCCACUUCGCAACUGUAGACAGCAGUGAGAAAGAUGGUCGUGAAGACUGAGUUAGCCACCGCAGCGUCUUCUUCUCUUCCUUAAGUAUCCUGUUUCCUCAGACUUUCCAUCUAUAUCUAUUUAGAAGAAUGACUACAUUCCUGUCACAGGGGAGCAAGAGAGGCACAGUUUCAACCACCCAUCUUUGCCCAGCCUGCGUGGAUGUUACCUGUGGUCCUGAUGGUCCUGCCAGUGUGUGCUGUCCCCAGGGGGGCUGGCGUCAGGACCGCCGAGGCUGAGGUCCUGCUUCUUUUCCUACAGGGCGCCCUCCUCACCCCUUCUUGCUUUCUUUUCUCUUGUAUUCAGGGAUAUGUUUCUGGACUUUGACUUUUGCUACCUGAGUCCAGUCUGCAACUAUAUUGCCCUGCAUCUCUCCUUCCUUUAGAGCUUUUGAAGAAAAUUCUUACGUAAAUACUAUAACUUUUGUAAAUGGUUAAGUUCUUUAGAAUUAUCUCCAGGGCGUACUCACCCUUUCUUCUGUGUAAGUUUGUUACUUCUAUUAAGUUCUCUUCUAAACUUCUGGGUCAUUGUUUAUAUAGCAGGAAAUUCCACGUUAGCUGGUGGAGAACUGCUUUUCUUCUUGAAUAUUUUUGUUAGGUCAUUCCUGAGUGCAACUCUGGUUCUCUCCUUACUUGGGCUUGUAUCUUUUUAGUAUAUGUGCUGCCGAAGCGAGCACAGGGCUUGUAUCUUUUAAGCUUGUGUUAGUAAAGGGAUUCCAGGAAAUUAUGAAUUCCAAAUUUAAAGGGAUAUCUGUUAACUUACCACUGACAGGCAUUGUGACAUAACAGGAGGUUGGUAGCAAUAGACCUAAGCAGGCAUGUUGUCUGGCCUGCAGAUUGGCCUUACCAAGUUUCUGGGUACCUCUGCCUUAAGACUCUGAAAACAAAUUUAGUUUUAACACUUUGCAAGUCAUGUGUGGGUCCAACUUGACUUAAGGGGAACAAUUAAGGUGAUACCCCAGAGUACGUGGAUGACUCCAGAUUCAUUUCUAGGGUUUGGCUCUACUUGGGUACGAGGGCCUAUGAUUGAGUUUGGUUUAGUAUAGAAUUUUGAGGACGAAUUUAUAGUCAACUGAACACCCAACACUUGGGUGGUGAUUCUGAGAACCAUAACCUGGUUCUCUGCUAUGUGGAGGCUUUCUGGGAAGUCAGCCACUAUAGGCAGGAGUAAAAUGUGAAAUUGUUUCCUGAGGACCGGUUUUGGUGAGAUUGUUUCAGGCAGAGAACUGUGUUUAUGCAGGGGGGAUUCCAGAAACAGAUAAGAGGAAGCUAGAAAAACAUAAUGUCCCUGAAUUCUUCAUGGUAUAUUUGCAAACUAACAUAGAUUCUUUUGACUAUAAGUUUGAAUCUUUCUUUCUAAACACAUUACAAGCUUUAGGUUUCUUCUUCUUGCAGCCAGUACAGAAGGGUAUAAGUGUGGCUGAAGAUUGCGGAAGCUUCAUCUGACCAAUGUGGGUGCUGGUCUCUUGUCAAAUGUAUCCCUAAACUUCCUUCUCUUUGCAGGCAGCCACCGACCCAGAUGUCCAAGACAGAAAGUGUUCUUUUCUUUCCCUAACCCAUUAUGGGGUUUCCAGCAAAGCCAAUAUGACCACUACUCGGAAAUAGUAAUGACUUUGCAAAUGCAAGGGUCUUCCUCUCCACCCAGUCUCUCCUCUUUCCUUCCUUACAAAUUCUCCCCUCUUCCCUAGACAGCAUCCUCAUCCUCCCCCAAAUGUGUGGUAUGGUGAUACUGACUAACCCUGUGAAUGUGAAUUGCUAUCCUUAUUGCCCACAUUAAAGAAGAGCCAGCUGGUAAUUGUCAGGAAGCACUAUUUAAAAUGUGAACUGUUAUCAAAACAAA